CGCGUUCGAAUGUCCCGAAGUGUUAGAAGAGCGGGCAGAGUCGUUUCUAAUUAGUGGCAAACCCAGAACGUGCAGAUAGAAGAUCGUGUCAAAACGAAGCCCAUAACAUUACGUAUUCAAUGGCGUCCAUGACGCCCACUUCAGACGUGUUCUUCACGUCCAGCCGGAACGUGGCUCUUGGCUCUCCUGAAGAAGCGGCGUCGUUCGAUUUGCUAGCGACUAAUCUUGUCGCCACGUCUGACAGAUUCGGCCUCGUGUUUGUGGCGUCAAAUAAAGAACUGAAAUGCACAACGGUCUCUGCCAUCCAGAAAGAGGACAAUCCAGAGGCGCGGCUACCAGAGGUCACGAAUCACGCAUUCGUUACUAUUCCAGUUGGAGGUGCCAUAAGCGGAGUGUUUCUGAGUUCGGAUGAUUUACUUUUAGCUGUGUGUUCAGAGAAGGCUGGUCUUUUGUUCUGCCAUCUUUUUGACGUUCGUGUUUUCGCUCCUCAGGCCUCACUGCUUGGUGGUAAUGCCUCUAUUGGACCAGUGCAUUCUUUUCCACUAUCAAACGUCCCUGGUGUCCAACUUACGGAUUUUUCAUUCAACCCGGUUACCGUAGAAAUGUUUGCAGUAGUAACUUCAGACGGAGUAACCACUAAUUAUGAACUGGGCACCCAGAUCACACCGGAACUCAAGAUCCACGGCAGGAUUGCCAUUGGAGCUACAUGCUGUUCAUGGUCUCCCAAAGGCAAACAACUGGUGGUGGGCAAAGCAGAUGGUAGUUUAGUCCAGCUGAAGCCGCAGCUGACUGAGGUGAAAACUAUUCCACCGCCAGUUUUGCCUAAUCGACCCGGUUCGUAUAUAGCAAAAGCAAUUUACUGGAGCGCGAGUACAGUGUUUUUCGUCUCUCAUUGGUACGAUUCUACUUCCCUUCUCGUCGUAACGACACUGCAGAAGAAUCGACCCACAUCUUACGUCGAGUUCGUUGAUGCCUGCCUUCAAAACCUUGACGCAGAACAAUUCAGUCGCGUAUAUUUCUGCCCUGUCCCAUCCUGGAAUUUGGUAGUAGUACUCUGCCGAAACUCAACAGAGGUAGCCGUUUUUCAACACAGCGAAGAUCGACUUCAAUGGACCGCGUUGGAUUUAGAGAAUGGGCGAGCGAGUCUACCAUUCGUCAAUCGAUCUGACACCUAUCCCAUCGGAGCGCAGAUCUGUAACGCAAGCACGUUUGUCAUUGAAAAGACGAACCAUCCCCCAAGGCCGCCUUCGCCGCUAUUGGUAAUACUAAAUACCAGGGGUGUUAUAGUUCCUUUCCAUCUUGUUAACUUGAAAGGGUCGUCCGCCGUUCAUCCGCCGGAGGACCUAAAAGCGGACGGACUGCGAAGGAUGUUACAACCGAUUUGUCCUGCUCAGACGGUCGUUCAGGCUCAACAGCAACAGAUUGAAGUAGAACAUGUUCAGGUUAGCGGACCAACCAUUGCCACUCAAGCAGCUCCUAGACAUUCGAAUUUUUUCGUAAAGGAAGCGCAGGACACUGCACCAGCGGUGGCCGCUUUCGGGUCAAUAACGGAAACGCCGCGAGCACCAGCAAACACUGCGGCUGUUGCAAGUAAGUUGAAGGUUAACCUACUCAAACAAUUUGAUGCUAUGAAUACGCUGCACAAACCCCAGCCGGAACUACGACGACGUCCAGAUGAAUUCAGCGACAAUCAGGUUGAUUUAAACGAAGGCCAACAAGCAAGUUCUGCAGCUAAUUGUAGUAAGCCUGACACAUCUCAAGUCACGCCAGCUUUCGGAACCACAAACUUCAAUUUUAAUACACUUGGAGUGACCCCGAGUAAAACUAUUGGUCUUCCACCUUUAGCGCAAUCGACUCCUAAGAUCGAGGUGGUGUCCACGAGUUUGCCUGAGACUACUUCCAGCAAACCAGCGACUGUUCUAUCUCGCAGUUCGACAACAACAGCGGGAAAGAAUCCGGACUGUGGUCAGGCGGGUUCGGUCGUUCCGAGGGGACCAGGAGAGAUGUCUGGCAAAGGGGAUGAAUUCCUUAGCCAAGAGGCGCUCUCGAAUGCGUUCCUCAUGGAACUCGACACUUUUACGAAGGAAUUAGCCACGUUGCGUGUCGAAUCAGAACGCGUAAUUGAAACUCCUAUUGGUGAUGACGGAGAAGUGUCUGCGAUUCGUAAACAAACGAAACAACUUACUCAGAAAACUUUAGACGUUUGCAGUAAUGUGAAGUUAAUGUCCUCAGCGAUUCAAGAGACUGAAUCAGUGUAUCUCGAUGCUUUGGCGUGUGGACUUCACGCCCAACGUCUGGUGUCGGCCAAAGAAACUCGGUUGAGCCGAAUGGAUCCUGUUACAGAAGCGACCUUAAAACAGGCCAAAGGUCUGGCACAGUACCUUGAGCGUCAACUUGUGGUUGCUAAUCGUUGGCUUGACGAGGCGGUCGAAAAGUUUGAAAACGAAAAAAAUAACAAGCGUCGUUUACCGACGAUAGAAGCGUUGUUACGUACCAUUUUAGCGUGCGAUAAAACCGUCGAGGUGCUUAAAACAGACCUUGAAACCAUUCGGGCUAAGGUCGAUUCCGUAAAACGAAUACGCAGUCUGCGAGGUCGCCGAGAUGUAGAUCUGAGCUUACUUGCGAACUCCCUUCUCAAAACCAACAUCAGUUCACCCGAAGAGUCGACAACAAGCCGAUCCAACGAUCGAACUCAAAGUCCGGAGAUCUCUGCUCUAAAACUCGCGUCGCUGCGAGAAUACUUGGCACAACGCCCGCCAACGGUGGUAACACCAACCCGUUUAAGUCAUGCGUCCGAGUCUAUGAUAAUGUCUCGUCUCAAUAUGAUCCUCGAGCAAUCGCGAAUUGACAAACAGCGUCUGACGGCACCCGGAAGUCCAAUUCUGACCGAGCCUAUUGAACAGAAGUCGACUGCCGAUAGAGUGCAGCCGGUCUUGAUGGAGAGCAAUACAGCCCGAGAAUCUUUAGGUGGUUUACUGGGCCUAAGAGUUCAAACGCCAGCUAUACAAUCGACGCCCCUGCGGCCGACACUUAGCUGUGUAACCGACACGUCUGCUGACAACCAAAACACCUACUUAAAGGGUAUCGGUCAAAAAUACGCGCCAAAGACGGAGCCUGUCAGUCCUCCAGAACCUUCAUCCAUGAUCACUAAAGUAGGCAUGGAACAGACGCUUGCUACUCUCUCUCCGUGUAAGCCGUUUGCUAUUGAAAACAAAAGUGGGCGGCAAUCUGGCAAAGGAAUUCUUGGAGUCAAAUCACAAGGCAACCCCAACAAAACUGUAACAUUCUCGUCUCUUCCCACUUCUUCGAAGCCCGAAGACAAGAGUAUCGGAUCAGGGCCAUUUAAUCUCGGAACACCUUCUUCGGUAAGGCCCCCGUUAGACUUUAAUACUACUCUAAACUCUACAGGAGGUACUGCAAAAACAAGUCUACAGUUUGGAUAUACAAAGGGUGCCCAUGCUUCAAAAACAGAAGAUAAACCUGGUUCUAGUGAAUUCAGGGUUACCUUACCUAACGUCAGUUCCAUCGGAGAACAAAGCAAAGGUCCUGUUGGAACUUUAGAGUCAAUACCUAACCCAACUGGAAGCUUAUUUUCCUUCAAAACGCAAGACAAAAUCCCCUUCCACUUUACUGCUACUUGUACACAGGAUUCAUACGAAGCAAAUAAGGUUGGGGCGAAGCCCCAAGAAUCUAAAAUUCCAUUUUCAAAUAAGCUGGAUGCGUCACUACCGGGUCAGGUUGAAGAAAAGCCAACGUGUGGCACAUCAGGAGAAAAGUCGAAUGAAUUGCCUAAGACCUUUACUUUUGUAGCAGGCACAAAAAGCUCUACCAGUUCGCUUGGCAAAGGUUUCAGUGCAGUCUCAUCUCCAUUUAGCUUUGGAACGCCAGCAACUGGAGAUGCGGCUCCAAGCCCCGAAAUUUCGGCAGAACACAAUAAGGAAAAUACAGGUAACGGGUCAAAGCUCGAAUCGCGUGUUGAAUCCUUUACAUUUUUGGCACCUUCCAAAACCCAGGGUACUCUACCAGCGGCUAGCAGUUCAGCUAAAGGAAAUGCGCUUUUUUCUGCGGAAAGUACAUCUUCCUUUGGAAAUAUUUCUUCUGUCGCUGCUUCAAAAGUUGUUGGUGAACAGGAAAAGUCUCGAACCGAGACAUCUAAAGUUCCUGACGCCUUAAAAAGUCCUUCUCAGAAUAAUACUGUUCUUACUUCGUCCAGUGGAGGGAACUCUAUUUUCGCUACCGGAUCUACUUUUUCGUUCUCAAGCCCCCUACAAUCCGCCAACAAAUCUGGUGAUAAUGCCGCUAAGUUGAGCGCAUCACCCCAAACGAACGGUUUGUUCGGUAAAACUACGUCGGGUGGAGUCUUCGGCAUCACUGGCGGAUCAACGUUCGGUGCAACUUCCGGCGGUGCGUCUUUCUUUGGAGGCGCCUCUACAGGCACAACCUCAACUUUCAAUUUUUUCAGUUCCUCAAACAGUAGUACUACAGCCAUUCCUCCCACUUUAACUUCCUCCACACCUUCACCAGCUACGACUAAACCGUCAACGGUAGCUCUUAGUACAGUGGCAUCGAGUGAUGCCUCUUCUCCUCCGGCUAUUACUGUCACAACCACAACUGUUUCAACAACUAGUUCCACUGCAACAACUACCCCACCUCCAAUCACAUUGUCACUCGGACCAGCCGUCAGUGCGGCAGAGACCGUCGUGGCAUCAUCCUCAGUCCCAGCCACUUCACCAGUCAUAUGUGUGACACCGCUAUCAGCCGAAUCAACAGCCGCUAAAGAAGCAGCUACCUCAUCAGGUCGCAGCCAAAUAUCGACGGCAGAGAGUUCCUCUACCUCGAUAGAGACCAGCUCAGCAACAACUGUUACAUCAACAUCCACAACAACAACAACAACAACAACAACAACAACAACAACAGCAGCAGCAGCGGCAGCAGCAGCAGCAACGUCAACAACAGCUGCGACGAUUACACCAGUCGGAUCAACCACAGAAGUAACACCUACAACUACGCCUGCUCUUGGGGGGUCAUCAAUGUUUGCUACACCUGCCACGGUUGGGGUACCGUCGUCGGCUACAGGUUCAGCGUUGUUUGCUCCUUCCACUGAAAUGUCGCCAGUACACACUUUUGGGGGGUCCGCAAUGACAACAACUAAUGCGAAUGGUGGAAACACUUUUGGGGUGACUUCACUGACACCAACAUCAGUAAGCUCUUCUGCGACUGUGGCACCAAUAUUUGCUGCUGGUGUGGGUGCAGGCACAACGAACACCUUCGGAGCCUCCCCGGUUACUUCAACGCCUGCAUUUGGGGUUGUCGCAGCAGCUACCACCGCGGGUACGUCUGCGCCUCCUUUCGGUACUGCUUCAGCGCCUAAUUUUGGGACUCAAGCUAGUGGGCCUACAUUUGGACCUACCACAUCGAUCUUCGGUGCGCCUGUUACAAACCAGAAUCAACAAGCAACCACAUUAGCAUUUGGAACACAACAGGCUGCACCCGUUCCUUUAUUUGGAUCUCAGCCCACUGCUCCGGCCUUUGGACAAGCCAAUACAGGGGGAGUAUUUGGAUCUCCACAGACAAGUAAUCAGCAGACCGCUACGGGUUCUCCGUUUGGAACACAGAACACGUUUGGACAACAGCCCACUCAGCAGUCCUCUGGUAGAGGAUUGUUUGGGAAGCCGUUCGGACAAUCGGCAGGAUCUCUUUUUGGGCAAAAGAGUGUGUUCGGUACUCCUUCGGAGUCUACAUCAUUGUUUGGUGGGAGUGCCUCCGGAGGCUGUAGCAGUUUCAUGAGUGGACUUGGCCAACAGGGCGCAGCUAGCCCGAGCAAAAACGUUUUUGGAGGCGGAACCUUUGGACAAAACGCUCAACAGACAAACAGCCUUUUCGGAUCGGGAGGAGCUACGUCGUUUGGUGGGCCAGCUCGAGGUGGAUUCAGUUCCUCACAAACUACAGCAGGGGCUUCGCAGAGCACCCCAGGAUUCACCGCCUUUUCUUCACAGUCACCCACUCAGGCUCAACAAAUCACCUUCGGUGGAGCACCUACUUUUGGUGGAUCUCCAGGGGGCUUUGGCUGUGCUCCACUAUUCGGGUCCGGUCCUACGUUCGGGUCAGCUUCGAGUUUCAGUACAACUGCAUCGACCGCUAGUUGCUUCGGUAGCGCAGCUUCCAAUGCCCCAUCCUUUGGCGCUUUAGCCCAGGGUCAGACAUUCGGUGGCGUUGCAGCAGGUGGACUUAAUGCAUUCGGAGGCCCCGCCUCCCCACAACAGCAACAACAACCGACGUCGAGCCCUCAAGGUCCUGCGUUUACCCAGUAUCGCGGUUAACUUGUUAACAAUGGAUAGAAAACGAUAAUGUUGUCUAUUUGCCUGACUAAAGUGGAUUAAGUGUAUGAAUAUUCCAAAUUUACGAAAAAACUACACAUGCCUUCCAAACGUGCGCUCGUCGAAUCGAAAACAUAUUCUCCGUAUGGAAAUAAACAUUGAUAUAAAUGUGUUGAAUAUGAACCUUUUGUCCGGAUAGCUAACCGUGUAUUUAUGACGUUAUUGCAUACUUAAAAAAGAAUAUGUCAAAUUAUCGCGACGGAGACGGGGUUUUUGAACGGUUGAACUAUGCUCACGUUGGAUAGGAUUUUUAAUAAAAACAACAUCAUUUUCUUAUGCGCACCUGUAAUGUUUACUCUAUAGUAAAAGAUUUACAAUAUCAGUUGUUGUGCGCAUAGUGUUCGCCUUUGCGUACCCAUUUGUAAUGUAAAAGGUUAUUAUAAGCAGCAAUGGUAGCCUCAGCUCAUAAUGUUUCUUUUCGUUUUUUCAAAAAAUGCUGAAACAUAUGUCGACUAGCUUAACCUGAACAGUUGAUUUACUGAAAUAUUCUACAGUACAGUACGUGUAUAUUCAAUAGUCUUCGAUGUAAUACAUAAUGGAAUCCAGUGCUCGAAAUAGGUCUGUGAGAAGAACUGUGACACUCUUUAAUGCGAGAACACAUACAGACAUGCGAAGUUUCUACAUACUUUUAUACAAGGCACAAGUACGUAUAUUCUACAAAAGGUGUACGUCACGUGUGCAUAAAAAAGAUAAGUUACAAUAUAAUGUGCGAACACUGAGGAACACGUAAGAACUUAUCCGCUGUAGAAGACGCUACAAAGUUUCUUUACAAAGUACAUGCGAAGCCAGAUUCUGGCAAACCCGGAGGAAGUGUAUGCUAUCAGGUAAACCAAUAUUCACUCUUACAUUUUUGUUUUACGCAAUACGUCAGAUUUAAAAGUUAUACAAAUACUGUAUAUAAGCUAUUUCUGGGUCAGUUUCGCACAACUUCACUGCUGGUAACAACAUCUGCACCAUAUCGUUCCAUGUACAUGAUUUAGGGGAAAGGAAUACACAUUAACUAA